UGAGAAGAGUCAACCUUCGUCGUCGUGUUGGCUGCCUGCGUUGCCCGCCCGGCUUGGCUUGCCAUCCUGCCCGUUCGCCCGCCCUGCUCCCGUCGUCGUUGGUUGACGCGGCCUCACUCGAGCGAGCGGGUGGAGCAACCAACGCCGCCUCGCUCGAGCCUUGCAACCUUCUCACCAUCAUCACCACCAUCAUCACCCUCGCAUCGUCACGAUGAGCAACGUAGAGAAGAAGCAGGAGGCGGAUCUCACCGCCGAUGUCGACGCUCUUCUCCCCGAGGCCGAGCAGCUCGCCAAGUCAGGCCAGCUCCCCUCGGCCCUCGAGAAGCUCGCUGUCCUCGAGAAGAAGUCUCGUCAGGCAGCAGACAUGGUCAGCACCACUCGCCUCCUCCUAGCCUCCCUCGCCCUCAUCCGCUCCACCCCGUCAACCUCCAAGACAAAUUGGCAGCUCAUGAACGACACCAUCAUCUCCCUCUCCAGGAAGCAUGGUCAGCUCAAGCAAGCCACGACCAAGAUGGUACAGGCGGCCAUGUGCUACCUUCAGCCUCCGGGAUCCGCCCCUGUUGAGGUGACGGAGCCACCCAAGGAGGAGGAGGACACGAAGAUGGAGGAGGCAGCGAAGACGGUCGAGGCUAAUGCCAAGGAUGGGGUAUCAGCCGCUGAGGAGCCCAAGUCGGAGAGGGAGAAGGACAAGGAGAGGAAGAGGCUGGAGAAAGAGAGGGAAGGGAAAGAGGCAGAGGCUGUCACAAAGCUGCUGGAGCAGGCGAGGAGAACCGGAGAUGAAGGACUUGACCCGACAGCAAGGAGAAAGCUGGUCGAGACGCUGCGACAGGUGACCGAGGGCAAGAUCUUUGUCGAAGUUGAGCGAGCUCGCGUCACCCGCAUGCUCUCGACAAUGCUCGUAGAGGAGGGCAACCUCAACAAGGCCAUUGAAGUGCUGCAGGACCUUCAGGUCGAGACUUUCGGCAGCAUGGAGCGUAGGGAGAAAACGGAGUUCAUCAUCGAGCAGAUGCGCCUCAAUCUCGAGAAGAAGGAAUAUGUCCAACUAGUAAUCGCCUCGCGCAAGAUCAACACAAAGUUCUUCAAGGACGCAGCCCAGCACGACCUCAAGCUGCAGUACUACGAGUACAUGAUCCAAUGGGCUGUCCAUGAGAAGAAACACCUCGACGCUUGCAAGUUCUGGCGUGAAGUUCUCGACACGCCCCGCGUCAAGGAAGAAGAAGCCAAAGCCGCCGAAGCCCUCCGCAAUGUGGUCGUCUUCCUCGUGCUGGCGCCCUACGACAAUGAGCAGAGCGAUUUGAUGGCUCGCGUUGAGGCUACGGAGGAUUUGGACUCAGUGCCCGAGCACAAGAACCUGCUCAAGUGCUUCACCACACCCGAGCUCAUGCGCUGGCCUGGUAUCGAGGCGCUCUACGGCCCUCUUCUGCGUGGCACAGCCACCUUCGAAUCCAACACGACGGAGGGGCAGUACAGAUGGGAAGAGCUGCACAAGCGCGUAGUAGACCACAACAUUCGCGUUGUAUCCAAGUACUACACGCGCAUCACCCUCGCCCGCCUAGCACAGCUACUCGACCUCCCCGUUAAGGAGGCAGAGCAGGCCCUUUGCGGCUUGGUCACUUCAGGGACCGUCUGGGCGCGCAUCGAUCGUCCGGAGGGGGUUGUGUCGUUGCAGAAGAAGCAGGAUACGCAGGAGCAGCUCAACAGCUGGAGCGGAGAUAUCAAUAAGUUGAUGACGCUGGUGGAGGAGGCGGCGCAUUUGGUCAACAGGGAGAGGGCGGUUGUGAGGGCGGGGUUGGGAGCGUGAAUGUGCGCACGCCGGAUAGAGCAAUGAAAACGAGAUGACGAAGUGCGGAGCAUUGACCUUCCGAUGCCGUGAAUGGUGGACUCGCUGCUUGAGGUCGUCACCACACGAUCCCCUUUCUUCUCAACGCCCGUGCGUGACACGCGCUUUUGACCUCAAUC